ACUAAUGCUAGGAUAGUCUUCCCCAACCGCCGAAGCAAAAAGGAAAAACGUCUUCUUUUUCGAACGAGUUAUAAUUUGUUUCUUUCGACUUUAUCGGAAAUUAAUCACUCUCAAAUUUCCCGGGAAAAUCCCGAGCUCAGUGCAAGGUGUUUCAUUUAAGCUCCACAAUUUUUGGUCCAAGCCUUGACAAAAGGAGUGAGCAUGGGGUUGGGCGAACCUGACUAACCCGAAUUCAACCCACAUUUUGGGCAAAUCUAAAUAUCUUCAAGGAGCUGUUUAGCAGGCAAGAAGGUGGCUGGCUUUUCUCUAUUGUGACACCAUAAUUUUUUGCCAGGAGCAGUUUUCUUAAAGAGAGGAGAAGAGGACCCCUGAAGGGAAGGGCUGAUGAAUUCAUCUUGGACAAAAUAGAUCACUUAAGUGAUGUGAAAGCUCAAAUAAAGUCUAACAAAAAAAAAACCGAUAAAGCACGUUUGGUUCAGUGACUCUUCAAAGUUAACUUCACCAUAUAGUCCAAGACCUGGAUUCAAUGGGAUGGAGGGGCAUUUUAUGCUCUUCCUUUUUCUUUUUAUCCAUGGUCGAGGCCUCCAGCAGAUUAGGAGAAAUGUGGUCACUUAACCUUGGUGCUGAAUCAGCAGCAGCCUUCAGCUGGCCAAUCCUCAGUGCUAGCAUAUUCGUACUUGUUGCUCUUCUUCUCUCCAUGUACCUUAUCUUCGAACAUUUAGCUGCUUAUAAUCAGCCAGAGGAGCAGAAGUUUCUGAUUGGUCUCAUUCUAAUGGUUCCUGUUUAUGCACUGGAAUCGUUUUUGUCGCUGUUGGACUCAAAUGCUGCCUUCAACUGCGAAGCAAUUCGGGACUGCUAUGAAGCUUUUGCAUUAUAUUGUUUCGAGCGAUACCUGAUUGCCUGCUUAGGUGGUGAGAAGAGGACAAUUGAAUUUAUGGAGAGUCAGAGCGUACUCGAUUCCAGUACACCUCUUUUGAAAGAUGCUUACGCUUAUGGAGUUGUAGAGCAUCCCUUCCCACUAAAUUGCCUCAUAGGUGACUGGCCUCUUGGUCCCACAUUCUACCAUGCUGUGAAAGUGGGCAUCGUUCAGUAUAUGAUACUGAAAUUGAUCUGCGCUUUGCUCGCAAUGAUUCUUGAGACUUUUGGUGUUUAUGGAGAAGGGAAAUUUGACUGGAGAUAUGGCUAUCCUUACUUGGCAGUUGUUCUUAAUUUUAGUCAGACGUGGGCCCUAUAUUGCCUUGUGCAGUUUUACUCUGUUAUUAAAGACAAAUUACAACCCAUUAAACCAUUAGCGAAGUUUCUGACUUUCAAGUCAAUUGUGUUCUUGACAUGGUGGCAAGGCAUCGCUGUUGCAUUUCUUUUCUCUAUGGGUGCCUUCAAAGGGUCUUUGGCUCAAGAGCUGAAAACGCGCAUACAAGACUAUAUCAUAUGCAUAGAGAUGGGUGUGGCUGCUGUGGUUCACCUUUAUGUCUUUCCAGCAGUACCUUACAAACGAGGAGAAAGAUGUGUGCGUAAUGUUGCUGUGAUGACUGACUAUGCAUCAUUGGGAGCACCUCCUGAUCCAGAGGAGGUACGUGAUUGUGAAAGAACAACCAGAGUGCAUCUGGCACGGCAUGAUGAGAGAGAAAAGCGCUUGAAUUUCCCCCAAAGUGUUCGUGAUGUGAUUUUUGGAAGCAGUGAAAUUAUUGUUGAUGACAUGAAGUAUACAGUUUCCCAUGUGGUAGAACCAGUCGAAAGAGGAUUUGCAAAGAUAAAUAAAACCUUGCAUCAGAUAUCUGAGAAUGUGAAACGCCACGAGGAGCAGAGGAAGAGCAUAAAGGAUGAUAGUUACGUUAUCCCCUUGAAUUCAUGGAAUAGAGAAUUUUCUGAAGUUCGUGACAAUCUUGUUGAAGGGAGUAUCAGUGACAGUGGUUUGUCUAGUGGGAGGAGACAGCAGUCCCAGUCUAAAGCUUCAACAUCUCGGAAUAGAGCAUGGAGAUGAUGUUAACAAAAGUGUAUGUAAGACCAUCACCGGAGUAACUUGUAAAUGGUGUCGUGAGUUCAACGUGAUUUUAGAAGACGUUGAUAUACAUUAGCUGGCCAGAAGAGCUGGUGGUUUAUGGAGCUAACUCGUCAACAAAAACAAAUAUUCAUGAAUUUUGGCAUCAAGAAGGAAUCUUCUUUAUCAAGAAAGGAUUGUUUUUUAUGUGCACAGUACAGAAUGGCGGAGCGAUGGACAGAGCUAAUACCACUUUGUCUAUGUGAACGCUAGGCCACAUAACGAUUUGAGUAUAAGCAAUGGAAAUAAAAUUUAAUUUUGGCAGAAGCUAUUCUAGUACAGGAUGUGUUAUGAUAGCCUGUUUCAUCUCUCUCUUGAGACGUGCUUUCUUCAGAAAACUACAUUUGAUUAGGCCAGACUCACUACCUUCUAUAUUGUAAAUUUAGUAGAAAGGGAUCCUUGUGCUCGUUAUAAUUUGGUUAUCAAAUUGCAUUGUGUUUAUUUUGGGUGUGUAGAGCAUUAUCCCAAGUCAAAAUUGUUUCUGUCUUUCCUUUCA